GAGAGAGAGACACAGAGACAGAGAGACACAGAGACAGAGAGACAAAGAGAGAGACAGUCAGAGAGAGAGAGAGCGACGUGGAACUCCUCGGUCCAUGCGGCAGGCGGAGCAGGGGGAGCUGCCUCUCCUUGUGAGUGUUCGUGCCUGAACGCGGUCUCUCCCCCCACACCAACCCCGCCUGCUCGCUCGCUCGCUGCAUCCAAUCUCAGAAAAAAACCAUGAAGGCCGCGUUUUUGCCCAAGUCUGCCGAGUCGUUGCUCACUGCCGAGCUGCUGCUCUUGGCCUCGGCACUGUGCCUCCUGCUCGUCUACGUGAGGAGGCGGGGCUCCAACCAACCGUCGCCGAAAGGGAAACCCAUCCCUGGGCCUACCCCGUGGCCUGUCGUCGGCAACAUUCCGCAGGUGGGCCUCAGCCCGCACGUGACGCUCACGCGGAUGAGGGAUCGCUACGGCGACGUCUUCCGCAUCCGCCUGGGCUCCGUCCCCGUGGUGGUGAUCGCCGGCCUGGACACCGCGAAGCGGGCGCUGGUCAAGCACGGCGACGCGUUCGCGGGGCGGCCCGCGUUCUACACGCUGGGGCUCAUCGGCGGCGGCAACACGCUCUCCUUCUCCCCCCGGUACGACGACGGCUGGAAGGCGCGCAAGAAGCUGGCGCGCAACGCGCUUCGCAAAUUCUGCGCGGCGCCCGCGGGGGCCAAGCCCUUCCUGUGCCUGCUGGAGCGCCACGUGUGCGAGGAGGCGGCCGAGCUGGUGCAGGUGUGCCGCGGCGGAGACUCGGCCGGCUUCGACCCCGUGCCCUCCAUCACGUGCGCCGUCGCGAACGUGAUGUGCGCGCUCGUGUUCGGGAAGCGCUACCGGCACGGGGACCCCACCUUCUUGCGCGUCGUGGAGUUUAACAGGGACAUCUCGCAGCUGACGGGUGCGGGGACCCUGCUCGACUUCUUCCCCGUCCUGCGCUACCUCCCCAACCCGUCCUUGAAGGCGUUUAAAGCCAUCACCGGCAGGCUGCAGGCUUUCAUGGAGGGGAACAUCAAGGAGCAUUACAGCACCUACCAGAAGGAUCACGUGCGGGACAUCACGGACUCGUUCAUCAGCCUGUGUGCGGAGCGCAACGACGACAAGAUCAUGGCUGGGUUAAGUGACGAGCAGGUGGUCGCCACGGUCAUGGAUAUUUUUGCCGCAGGUUUCGACACGAUCAUUGCUGGCAUCACGUGGUCCCUCAUUUACCUGUGCAUCUACCCCGACAUUCAGAAGACGCUACAGAAGGAGAUCGAUGAGAAGAUCGGCGGGAACCGAGCACCGGUCUCGGGCGACCGCAACAGCUUGAGCCAGCUGGAGGCCUUCAUCAUGGAAAUGUUCCGCCACUCCUCCUACUUGCCGUUCACCAUACCGCACAGCACGACACAGGACGUGGUGCUGGACGGCUUCUUCAUUCCGCGGGACACGUGCGUGUUCAUCAACCAGUACCAGAUCAACCACGACCCGGCUAUUUGGGCAAAUCCUGAGAGCUUCGAUCCGGGCCGUUUCUUGUCGAGCGAAAGCGGCGAAGUGAACAAGGAGCUGACGGAGAAAGUGCAGAUCUUCGGUCUUGGCAAGCGCCGGUGUCUCGGAGAUACGGUGGCUCAGCAGGAGCUCUUCAUCUUCCUCUCGACGCUGCUCCAGAACCUCUCCAUCGCAUCUCCACAGGGCCUGCCGCCGCCAGACCCCACCCCGAUCUACUCCCUUGUGCUGAAGCCCGCUCGCUACAGAGUGUGCAUCACCCCGAGGGUCUGAGCCACCUCUCCCGGAGUUUCCCCGUGGGUAACGGCGAGCGGAACAGGCUGUGAAUGCACAUUCUUCCGUAUAAGAGAAACGUAGAAUUUCCUUCCUCAGUGUUAAGAUCAUUUCCAUUGAUGACCAAGAAUUAUUGAAGCUAUGUUUAUCUGGGACGUGACUGCAGAACCUCUUACACAGUUAUAGGUAAUCGUGCAAUCUAAGGCUAGUCAUCACUUCGGUUUAAUGAAGCAGUUAAGACAAUAAGCCACGUCAAGUUAGGAGAGAACUGGGGUGGUGGUCAGGAUCAUCCACACGUCGAUUGUCAAAGUGAAAUAAAUGUAACUGAAAAUAAUACGGCAUAAUUAUUUACAUGAACAAUUUCAUGUUGAUAACAUUAAUGAAUAUAAUAAACAUUCAAUAUAUAUAUACCUACCUCAGCAACAGACUGGUUAAAGUGCACGGAGUGAUCAUGCCACGGCGGUCAUGUUGCAUGGAGAUGUUUCCUGGCGGCUGAUUGGCCGGCGCAGCGGAAGUGAUUACAUAAUCCCUAGCAACUCCUGCCACGCCCCCAAAUUGGCAAUCGUGCUAAGACUCGCAUAUUUCCUUCGAAUUUGUUUGUGUUUUAUCUUACAACAUUUUGCAUCAUACUACAAUUUCUGCCUGCCAGAUUUUAUGAGGUAAAUCUUUGUACUCAUGCCCCUGGUGUAGAACCCCGCCGUUAUUGAUGGCGCUUUAGUAUGUGUCCCCUAGAAAAAAAGAGCAAAUGGUCGUAUAGUUCAGCCCCCGUACAAGUCAGAGCAGGUUUUAAUGUUCAUUGGUUAGCCAUGACAGAACAACAAUCAUUGAAGCACAUCGUCGAUCAGAAUAGAUUAUUACGUAAACGGCACAUGCAUCAAAUCGUGCAUUCAGAAAAUAUUAUACGGUGAAUGAAAAUGUAUAUACAAAGGCCGAUGGAAUGAUUGAGGCAGUACAGGAAAGUCGGGUAAGACAGACACUUUAAACAAGACAAAUUAAUCGAUUAUUGGAUCAAAUGAGACAAAUCUCCAAGUCCGUGGGGAGUCGCGUAUUCGCGAAGGGGUUGAAUCGUCAGCAAGGCCUCGUCAAUGUGCGGGAGCCGGGUAACCGUUCUUGCAGCAUCCGUGGUGAGAAGCGGCGAACCGCUUACGCCUCACCGAUUGCGAUCAUGUUUAAGUACGCACGCUCAUAUACGCAUCGCCCAUCAAUAAAUGCGUUAAGUUGC